UCAGCAAUAGCUGAAACAUCCCUGUGGUAUCAACAGUGGUUUGGUCACAAAUCCAAACCACAGCACCAUGGUUUUCGUCACCAGCUCCUGUGAAGAAAAACUCUUUCCCAGCCAAAACUAGUACACCCAUAUAUUUUAGAUACCUGAUAAUGAUUCUACAAGUGCAAAUACUGGUAACAAAGUCAUCUCUUAAGGAAAGAAAAAUAAUGUAUCUAUAUCCACAGAUCAAUACCCUGGUUAGUAGAAUGCAGGAGAGAAUACUGUUACUUUUUUCUCACAGUCAAAAUAGAGAAAAAAGAGCUACCGUUAGCCUAAAAGAAGCCUGUUGGCAAACUAAUUAUUAGGAAGGUGAAGCCAGUAUGGUUGAGUUCAGUUAAUGCCAUGAAUGUAUUUAAAAUGCUCAAAGAGAAAGUUAGGCUAGUUAGGAAAAUCUGACAGAGUUUACGUUGACCCUUUUCUGAAUACUUGCAGAAUCUACUCUUACUGAACUUAAAUUGACUUCUGUAUGGGGCAGAACUUCAUUUUUAGAAACUACCACUCUGCCUUUAUUUCCUGUAAUUUCUUUCCCACAAAGCUGAUGUAGCUCAUAAGAAUGAAACGGCUAACAGAAAUAAAGCAGCAUCCUUCUGGGGUAAGCAGCAGCUGAGCCAUUUUAGGAAAGUAUAGACCCAACAAGAUGAGUGGUUUUAACUUUAAAACCUAUGUAGUUCUUUCUGUUUCUGUAUUGGGGUAUCAAGUAUUUCGUCACACUGCUCAGAAGAGAAGGAGGUUUGCUUGUGUGGUUGGUUUCUGCAUUGUAUUUUAUUUGUUUUUAAAUAAUUUGUUUUGUUUAAUUGAUUUAUUUUUUCUUCCUGUAAGGUCAAAUUCAAUAAGCUGACCCACGUUCACCCUUUCAGCCAAUGUUCUAUUGUCCCAUCUCACAAAUUCACAAUGCUGGAGAAAUUGCAAGGAUCUGUGAAUGCAAAAAGAAAAGGUACAGAGCUCUUCCUUUGUCUCUUGGGAGCAUGUUUCUCACCCAGGAGCUAGUCUCAAAAGGCAUUUUCUCAGCAAGCUCAAGAUUUGGUGCAUUACCUAAGAUGGCGAUUGCUAGUGUCUUAGGUUUCACCAAUGGAAAGAUGCCAUACGUAGGAGAAUGCCCAAAAAAGUUCCAGAAAUUUGGUAUUGUACCAUUUGGUCCACAACAAAAAAGGCAUUGUCAUCAUACUUGCAACAAAUAUGAAGCAAAAUUAGGAUCAAAUGAUGAAGAAGGUUCAAUUCCCUCAUCAUCUUAGUCCCAGGUACGCAACCUUGAAAUUUAAAAUAAAUUCUCACUUCAGUUUCCGUGUUGAGCAGUAUUCUUGUUUGAAACAUUUGAACAGUAUAGUGAAAAUCAUGGAUUUUAAUCAUGGUUUAAAAUCUGAGCAUUAUUCAAGGAAAUACUCUCUAUCUGUGGUUUGUCAUUCAAUUUUGUUUCUUCAUUUUUAGCUAAUGAACCUUUCAUGCUAAUUCUAAAUCCCCCAUUACUGAGGAAUUUCUGCUUUAGCUGUAGCAGAGUAUUGUUUAUAAACCUAAUUGGAAUUAAUUUGGUUUGACUACUUGUAUGAAAACAAAUAUAACUCUUUUCAAUUUCCAUCUUCUUUACUUA